CUGUAUAAAAAAAAACACUACCCCGCCCCGCGAUCCCCGUCGACGACCAACAGCGCCCAAGGAGCAGAGCCUUCACGUCUCCAGGCUGGGAUAUGCCAAGGAGAGCCUUCACGUCUCCAGGCUGGGAUAUGCCAAGGAGAGAGCCUUCACGUCUCCAGGCUGGGAUAUACCAAGGAGAGAGCCUUCACGUCUCCAGGCUGGGAUAUGCCAAGGAGAGAGCCUUCACGUCUCCAGGCUGGGAUAUGCCAAGGAGAGAGCCUUCACGUCUCCAGGCUGGGAUAUGCCAAGGAGAGAGCCUUCACGUCUCCAGGCUGGGAUAUGCCAAGGAGAGAGCCUUCACGUCUCCAGGCUGGGAUAUGCCAAGGAGAGAGCCUUCACGUCUCCAGGCUGGGAUAUGCCGAGGAGAGAGCCUUCACGUCUCCAGGCUGGGAUAUGCCGAGGAGAGAGCCUUCACGUCUCCAGGCUGGGAUAUGCCAAGGAGAGAGCCUUCACGUCUCCAGGCUGGGAUAUGCCAAGGAGAGAGCCUUCACGUCUCCAGACUGGGAUAUGCCAUGCCUGGAAAACAAUUCUAUCAAACAACAACCAUGCUCUUUUAUAUACUUUGACAACUUUUUUACGUCAAUUGAAUUAAUGCAUCAACCUAAGGAGUGA